CAUUCCCAGCAGCCGCCGGCGUCGCCAUACCCUAGUGUCACCGCCGAAGCGUCGAUCCCCCAUCCCCGCCCCUCACGCGAUUCGCCGUUCCCCCGUCCCUCACGCGGGUCGUCUUCCUCCUCGAGCGAGCGCCGCCACCCCCUCCCUCCCCGUCCCGCUGCCGAACGCCCCAGCCCCCUCGCUCCGUCGCUCGUCUUCCUCCUCGUGCGAGCGCCUGCCUCCACCGCAGAUGCGCAACCUUGUACCGCUGUAGCUCCGCCCCUGCCGCCGAAACCCCAUAUGCCUCAGGUCAAGUCUACUGCAGGUGCUGGCGCAAUGCCUUCCGGAUCUAAAGGUGGUGAUGGUGAAGUGGAGGCAGGGUUCGCGAAGCUGCAGGGUGAGGAUUUUGAGUAUUACAUGCAGACCUACUCGAUCAUGCUGGGACGUAACAGCAAGAAAUCGUCAGUGGAUGUGGAUCUCUCCAGCCUUGGUGGAGGCAUGAACAUUUCGCGCCACCAUGCCCGGAUAUUUUAUGACUUCCAGCGCCGCCGAUUCGCCCUAGAUGUCAUCGGCAAGAACGGCUGCCUUGUCGAGGGUGUCCUGCACCUCCCUGGGAACCCUCCUGUUAAGCUUGACUCGCAGGAUCUCCUUCAGAUCGGAGACAAGAAGUUUUAUUUCCUCCUGCCCGCGCGAUCUAUCUUUGCCUCAUUUGCCGCUGCUCGACAAGUCCCUGUUAUUCCGACACAGAUCCUGCCGCCAUCCUUUGUGCGGCCAGGCCACCCAAAUGUGUCCAAUUACCAUGACCAGCCCUUUGAAGGUGAUUAUGGCCGAGAGGGUGAUGACAUUCGGAAUGGUAUCAAUGAAAGUGGAACCAGGGGCAAGUUGAUAAAGAGAACCAAGAAGCCUUCUGGAGAUCUGGGCAUUUAUGGUGGGCACCGAAUCAAUGUUGAAGCAAUAGAAACACUGGGUGAAGAAAAUAUAUCAGAUGUAAGACCAAGGGGUGACAAGGAUAUGGACAAUCAGCAGCUCCUGCAAAUGGAAGAGAAGGAAGUCGUGUCAUCUGUUGCGACCGUGUUAUCUGACCUCUGUGGUCCUGGAGAAUGGAUGCCUAUGAGAAAACUCCAUACAGAGCUCGUGGACCAGUUUGGCAACGUGUGGCACCACAGCAGGGUGCGGAAGUACCUGACUGCGGAGGAAUGGUCGCCGGUUGAAGCAAAGGGGAGGCCAUGGUUUGGCCUGCUGGGGCUGCUGAGGAAGUACCCGGAGCACUUUGUGAUCAACACCAAGUGCAAGGGCCGGGCGAUCUCGGAGUUUGUCUCCCUGGUCUCCUUGCUCUCCUAGAGGGGACCGCAGACUACCGACGACGGCCGUCUCUAGGGUCUGUUGUUUCGUGCCGUCCUGUUCUCUGUCCAGCCAUGCCCAGAAGGGCCAAGGGCAGAGUGGCGGCGAUGGUCCUGGUUUGUCUUGUCUUGUCUGUCCUUUGAGUAAACGGGGAAUGGACCCUGCUGUACUGUGUCCUGUACUGUAAUCCUGGGUUUCCCCUCUGUGUUUACCUGUAGCUCUGUGACUGUGAUACCUAGAAUGUUAUUAUCUGGUAGCAAGACUUUCAGGUACUAGCUCAGUUACUGUUGAAGGAAGUGUACUAGCUCA